AUGAAAAAUUAAAAUAUAAAUCUUUAUUGAUUGAAAAACAAAAGAAAACCUUACAGAUUACCAAUAGUAAUGAAAAUAGAAAAUUUUUGGAAAUGCAUGAAGAAACCCACCAAACACAGACAAAAAAAAAUGCAAUGAUCACACCAACUAUAAUCUACCAAACUAUUUAUAUUCAUUAUAAUAAUAAUGGUCAACAAUUACAAAAAGAACUUAGUGAACUCGAGCAAAAGUCUCAAGCACUAGAUUCAACUACUGUUGAACCUUCAGUCAAUCAGCAAAAUUUAAAAAAAACUAUGCUCGCUUUAGCUGCUAAGCAAAUCUUUGCUAAAACUCGAAAAGAAACAAUCAAAAGCCUAAUUAUUACUUAUCAAAAGAUAAGUAAAUCUGAUAAAAAAUUUGAUAAAUUAGACAAGAUAGGUGGAUAUAUUGGUGAUGCAGGAGAAUUUGCUAGCAUUUUUCCAGGAGGUUCAAUUCCUAUUAAAUUAAUAGGUAAAGGCAUUUCAUUAAUCGCCAAUAUUUUUAAGAGUUAUUUUCACAUUAAACAUAGUCAAAACUUCAAAGACUACUUACUUAAAGAUAGUAAAAUAAAUCCUACUAUUAUUGAAAUGCUCAAAUUGGAUGAUCAAAAUCAAUUUGACAAAUAUGAUGUUUUUGAAGUAGGGGAUAUUCAUAAAAAUGCCAAACUAAAGUCUGAAGAUAUGCAAAAAGCUAUUGAAUUACUCACUGAUAAUUUUGAUGGAUUUAUUCAAGAACUACGUCAAGAAACAGAAGAAUGCACUGAAAAGAUAGAAUUUCUUUUUUCAGAAUCGGAAGGUGAACUUUUGCAAAAAGAAGUUACCAAAUUGUUAAACAAAUUAGCUGACCAGAUUAAAGAAAGUGAACCAAAUAUUAAUAAGCAAGAAAUAAUUCAUUCUGUUAAACAUAAACUUGAAAGCAAGAGUUUUUUUCCUUGUGUAAAACAAAGAAGAGAAAAAAAAUUAGUAUUAUUAUUUAAAAAUAUUCCUAUAACUCAAGAAGAAUUAGUUAAAAAUUUAGAAAAUAUAAAACCAGGCUUGAGCGAAAAACUUAAUACAAAAGAGAUAGAUAUGUUAAUAAUAAACUGA